CAUCCUGCAAAACCUAAACAUUCUGAAAAAACUACCAUUUGACAGCCAUCCACAAUGUUUUCAAUCCUCAGCUCCCUUAAAUCCCUGUUGAUCCCGACUCCUCCGAUUCCAGACCUCGACUCGAUCAUCGUCCAAUUCUCCAAAGCAGUCGACAGCUUCGCUCCCUCCAAUGCCCUCGACCCCCAGGAGGUCUCCCCAGUUCCCAUUACUGGCUGUUUCUACAAGACAGGAACCGUCACCUCCAUCACCAGCGAAAAUGUCCUCAUCGACGACGUUUACUUCAGCGAACUGACCAGCUGCGAUAUCUCCAACCUCCAAGUGGGAACCAAGGUACAUUAUCUGGCUUAUCAGAAAUCCCCGCAGGAUGAAAUCAAGGUCAGGCGAAUCCUGAGUAUCUAUGACAGUGCCUGGGAUGAUGUCGUAGAGAAAAUCCAAACACCAGUCGUUCAGAACCAGCUGAUGAAGAAAGCAAUCGUCGCCAAGGUCAUCAAACGAGAGGGCAGACUUGUUUUCCUGGAGCCUCUGAACAUCGCCAUCAACCUGGACAGCAUCGACUCUACCUUCGUUCCAUACGUGGGAGAUUGGGUGAGAGUUGAGUCAUUCGUUGAAGUUGAUGAGCAGUCCCCAGACCUUGGGGGAAUCGUCCUCGAGGUUGAAAAACUCCAGCCACUAAGAUGCGAUUUGAAAAUCGGAAACAUCAGCCAUUUCGAUGCUAAAACAGGAACAGGAGGAGUCGAACACGAUAUCAUCUUCUCAAAGAUCUCGUGUCAACCUGGGUACAUUCCUUCAGUUGGAGACAAAGUCGUCUGCGACUGCAUCGAGAGCGACCAGGGGAAGUACACCUGGCGGUGCCUCUCCGUGGUGCCCCUCCAAAUCAACAACAUCUGUGAUAAAUCUGAGGAAAACCGAGCUCUGAAAGCUCUGGAAGAUCUAGAUUUAUUGAUGAGGAACAAAAAUGGAGUGAGCGUUUCGGAAGACUUGGACCUUUUCCUCGAAGUCGGUGAAGAGAAAACACUUGAGGUAGUUGUCAAGAAUUCUGGGGCGUAUCCUCAGAUAUUCUACAGGGGGAUCUUCAUGUCCAAGAAGUCUCAGUCCCAGUUGACGCUACUGUCCCCUAAAAUUGACCAGACACAAACGAUAAAUCCCACCCAAACCCUUCGAUUUAUCUUCAAGGCCAAAGCUAAAUUCGUGGGGUGUACCGAGGAACUUUUCAUUUUCUCGUUCAGCGGAUUCAAGAUUGGAAGGAAUUUCAAGAUAACAGUUAAUGCUAGAAUGCCGUCGGGUUCUCCAGAGAUCAUUGGAGGGAGCAGAGGCAAAUUCAUUGUCAGAAGAGACGACUGUGAUCAGGAGAAUUACAUUCCCGGUGUGAGACCCCAUAAACCCGUAAACUUUAUGGCGGUCAAACAGAGAACUUUCAAGGUGCCCAAUAGACUAUGGGACAUGAUCCUGCCGAUUAUCAAUGAGAGACCGCCCCAGAAUGAAGCUGAAGUAACUCUUGCGGAGGAGAUUCCUUGUCUCAGUGAGGGACUGACAAUCAACAACUACAGAAAUCGUUUUCACAAUCUUCUAUACCUUGAGGAGAUAAGCUUGAGCAUUGAUAUGCAGAAGUACGACAUGGAAAACGCGAUCCUCAGGGCCAGGGACGAGUUUCUAUCCUUAGAAGUUCCAGGGCUAUCCGAAAAAAGACCCUCGUUGAUGAUUGGGGACAAGGCUGUGGUGUCCUUCAGGUGGGACUCGUCCAAGGGCGCUUUUAAAUAUGAAGGAUGCAUCCAUAAGGUAACCAGCUGCGAGGUGUUUAUGAAGUUCAAUCAGAGGUUCCAUGAUAAUUAUCAUGGUGAGGACUGCCAAGUGACGUUCAAGAGCUCUUAUUCAUCGAUCUCCAAGUGUCAUAAUGCUGUCGAUCUAGCAGUGGAGAAUCUGACGAGGGAGAUUUUGUUCCCAACGUGUGUUAAGGAGAAGGAGCCUCAGUUGAUUCUUCAGGAGAUUGAAAUGGAAGAAGAAGUCAAGAACAUACCAUUGACACCACUAACUGAAAAUGUUACUGUCAAUCAGGGUGAGACAAUGAUUGACGUAUGGUCCUCGACUUCACUCAAUGACGAAAAACCUCACAUAAGACUCGAAGGGGUCAAUGUACAAACAGACGCUGACGACUCCACUCAUCACGAUCCGAAUGGUUCCGUGGAAAAUCAUCAGAGAGUAUCACAAAUAAAACUUCCAACAUCUUCAUACAACCAAGACCCCAAAACGGUCUUCAAAGGCGCUCUGAACACUUCUGGAAUCCCUCCAACUACAGGUCUCAAACGAAGAAAACUCGUAUGGUUCAACAAGUCCCUAAACCCUCACCAGAAAAUGGCUGUAAGGAAUAUCCUCAUGGGUACGGCUCGUCCCCUCCCUUAUGUGAUCUUCGGACCCCCAGGGACAGGAAAAACCAUCACACUUUGCGAGGCGAUUCUCCAGAUCCUGGUGACACUUCCCCAGAGUCGUUUGCUCAUCGCCACGCCCUCCAAUUCCUCAGCGAACCUCAUCGCAGAGCGUCUGCUGGACUCCGGUGUCUUGAAACCUGGAGAUCUAGUGAGGCUGAUUGCCCACCACUGCCUCCAAGACGAUUCCAUUCCCGAGAGACUGCUCCCCUAUUGCGCAACUGGAAACUUAGCCUCAGAGAGUUCAGUUGGACGUUCCAGACACUACGGUGAGGGCCCUAAGGUAAACAGCACGACCAGCGUCCUUGGUAGGCACCGGAUAACGAUUGGAACUUGCAUAGCAUUGGGGCAAUUGUACCACAUGGGCUUCCCCCGCGGUCAUUUCUCCCACAUCCUCGUGGACGAGGCUGGGCAGGCAACAGAGCCCGAGAUAAUGGUCCCCCUGACCUUGAUCGAGGCUCAUCAAGGACAGAUCAUCCUCGCUGGGGAUCCUAUGCAGCUAGGGCCUGUGGUUAACAGCAGGUUCGGCUCCUCCUUUGGACUGGGGGAGUCCUUUCUCGUGAGAUUACUCCAGCAAUUCCCUUAUCAAAGGGAUCCGGAAGGAUUUACACGAGGAUUCGACCCCAGAUUAGUGACCAAAUUGAUCAUCAAUUAUCGGAGUCUUCCAGAGAUCCUGCAACUUCCAAAUACCCUUUUCUAUGAUUCCGAACUUCAAGCGAGUCUGUCUGCUAUUGACAGCGAUGAAGCUAAUCUUUUGGAAGCCCUGAGGGAGGACCUCCCUGAGAGAGGACCGAGGAAACCUCCUGCUAUCGUAUUUCAUGGAGUUAAUGGAGAAGACAAACAGGACGCAGACAGCCCCAGUUGGUAUAAUCCUGCAGAAGCUACGCAAGUUUAUCUGUACUUGCUGAAGCUUUAUGAGGCUGGAGUCAGGGGCGAGGACGUUGGGGUCAUUGCUCCCUAUCAGAAGCAAGUCAAAAGGAUCAGAGGAUUGUUGAUGGAGCUGGAUGUGACGGUCCCCAAGAUCGGCAGUGUCGAAGAGUUUCAGGGACAGGAGAGAAAGAUUAUCAUACUGUCUGCUGUCAGGUCUGGGAGGGAUUUCGUGGGAGAUGAUGUUAAACACGCACUCGGAUUCGUGGCCUCUCCUAGAAGGCUGAAUGUUGCUAUCACCAGAGCUAGGGCCCUGUUAAUCAUCCUCGGGAAUCCAAACCUGCUGAAGGGAGAUCCUUACUGGAGAAGUGUGAUCAUGUACUGUGUUAGAAACGACAGUUAUACUGGAUGUCAUUUUGUCAGCGGAGCGGAGAGAGAGAGCAUAGAAUUGGGUGAUGAAGAGAAAGACGAGGAGGAAGAUCUCAAUCUAGACGUGUAGCUCAUUAGGGAUAUGGCAGCAGUAUUUUACUUAACGUUUAUCGAAGAUCAUGAGCGGUGAAAAAUUGUUUUUUUUUGCAACUCAGAGACUGAUUUUUUCCUUUCUUUUGAUGAUAUUUCAAUAGCGCUUAUAUGGAGUAGAAUUUAUUUAGUUUUUUUAGAUCUCUGAGAGAUGAAUUGAUCAACUAUUUUUUUUUAUUAUGCUUAAGAAGUUGUACUGAAAGAUUUUCUAAUUUAGUUUGAGAAGAAACUGGGCAUCAUUAUCGCCCACAAUCAACUGAGCUACGGGAAUAUGUCUUAUGCCACUUUCCUUUAAAACCCGUGAGUUCCCUCGGAGAAAUCAUCAACGAGCACGAAUGUUCUGAAUUAAGGUACAACAGAGUGUUCAAAACUUUAUGUGAUAUACUUUUUUUUCAAUCGUAGAUUGUUUUUCCUGUUAUCCAGCAUAGAAGAAAUUUAUCCAAAAAUAUCCGUUUAUUCACGAUUCAAUCGCCAAAAUGAUAAACCAUUUUAAGCGUAAAAGUGAUGAAAGAAAAAGGACAGAUAAAACUUUUGACAAUACGCAUCAAAAAAACGUUAUGAUUCAAUCUAGAUAAUUCAAUGUCGCCUUCCUUUGUAUUAUUAAUCGAAAUAACAUAUUUUGUAUUUUUAUGCUGAGUUGAACUAUUGAAUUUUGAAUAAUAAAAAUUGAAAAAUCAGAAUAAAAGGUGAAAGGUCCACAAAAA